GCCCAUUGUGAACUCUGAUAUUGCAAUGAUCGGGAUGAGGCGGUUGUUUGCUAAUUCUCACCAGAGUUCUCGCAAGAAAACGCAAAGUUUUUCUUGGCCUCAAACUUCCAUUAGUCCAAGAAGGAAGUUGUAAAGCGGCAGGUAGAUGUUGCCGUCUAGGAAGGCGGCAGCGAUCUACCGGUCAUCAUCAAGUCGUUCAUCCUGUCGCUCCCUCACAAGGAUUUCAAAUGGGCACGCGUCUGCGUCGACGAGGCGCAGUCGAUGCGGAAGAUGUGUGGCAGCAACUCACGCAUCAUCCGCCUCUUGGAGGCCAACGCCCUCCAUAUGAUGACCGCCACCCCCGCCCUCAACAAGAUCGAGGAUGUCAAGUCCUUUGGCUCGCUGGCCUAGCGCUUCAGCAAGCUGGACCUGAUCACCCCGAGCAGCUGCGACUGGGAGUACGUGGCCGAAAUCGGCAACAUAAACCGGGUUGGUUGGCUGGCGUACUCUUCUAUUCCUCAUGAUGAGGCCACGGUCAAAGACUUCCAGGCUGACGCAGGUUCCGACCGCCGUCGACGACGUCACCCUCUGCCGCGGCCUGAAUGUCCUCGAUGACGGCCUCGAAGCUCGGCUCGUCGACGCCGUACCUCAAGGUAUGCCCGUAGCUGCUAACAUUCCGCAAUUUCUUGGCCAUGUCGGCGAUGACGCCGCCCCCCGCGUCGGCCUGGCCCUGCCUCCGGCAUGCAACAAACCCGCUGCUGCUAGCAAGAUCGCCUGCCUUCGCUGCGACGUCGGCCUUUCCAAGCAGUGUCCUCCCUCUAGCGACGCCGAGUCCGUCGAGCAGGCCAUCGACGCCGCCAUCCCAGUCCCUAGCGAGCCCUCCUGCCUCCGCUGCGCCGUCGGCCUGUCCAAGUGCUGCCCGCCCGCCGACACCGCUCAUGGCAUCGCUACCAUUUUCGACAACGCCGUUUCCGACCUCUGCUCCGUCAAGCUCCCCGCCGAGCUGGUCCCCUUCACCAUGCGCAUGCGCGAGGCCUUCGCCUACAUGGUCCUCGUCGACCGCGCCGAGAUCACAUUCGAGUGGUCGAGGGAUGGGCGGAACAUGUUUCACGCCAAGACCAAGUUCCAAGACCAUCACCCUGAUGCGCACCGCGUACAGAUUAGUCGAACACGCUUCAUCCUGUAA